UCAGGCACCCAGCCCGGUGCAGGUAUUAAAUAUUAUCACGGAUUCAUAUAUAUGUAUAUAUAUACAAGAAUAUACCAAACCUGAAGGCACACCCCACCAAGGCCGGCCAGAUGCUCGCAUCGUAAUAAACCAUUCGAGAGUCUUCGCUGGAUCUUGGGAAUCAACGACCACGACGUCUUGCUACGUAUCCAAGCAGGAAAUCGUUGGGAGAACAUGAAUAUCUGCACCUAGAUCGAGUGCCUUGUCCACGAAAAGUUCUAACCAGAGGAGAAGUUCGCCUCUCUCUUCCCGGUCCAAAUGUCAUCCUCGCAGCGGCAAGCGGGACCUGCAGAGAGCAGGAGUGUAGAGGAGAUUGUGCGCGAUGCAAGCAAUUUCGAAUUCAGCAUUCAUCGACCCUUUCGACAAUGGAUACGAGCGGGUAGACAGUUGUUGACGGAAGCGACGCUUUGCGAAAACGACGACAGCGUGCAACUGGCCUAUCUCUAUCUCUAUCGCUAUGCCGAGCUCGUGCUUGAGAAGCUCCCGCAACAUCCAGACUAUCGAAAACCGGAAUACAAAGACGAACUCGCUCAGACGCGGAGGACACUCUCACAAAGUUUGCCCAAACUUGAGAAAUGGAAGCCUCGUAUCGCUCAGGAGCAUGAGCAACACAUGCGAGCUCAAGAACAGGCAGCCAUACAGAGGCAAGAGUCACGCAAUGGAUCCAUCUACGACACGCCGCCGUACGGCAGGACGGAGCAGCCGACUGAUCGGAUGAGCGAUCUUUCCAUCAGCAGCCCAAGGAGCCCGAACUAUACGGUCGACCCCGUGAAGGACCAGCAGCUUGCCAUGGAAGUAGCUUACCGGGAGAUUGAGCGUCGAAAUGCUUCCAACUCGAAUCCUCGACGAGAUCGUUCACACGCCGAUGAAGAUCCGACUCGGGCGAUCCGAGAAGCCGGGCAGCGCAUCAGCAGACGGACCGACUCGCGCGACGACCGUGGAUCGCAGUCCGAUCUUCGACAGCAAGUCAAGUACUCAUAUCCAGCGAUCCCGGCUAAGCCGACAAGAUACGACCUAAACCCCUCGCCCGAAUCUCAAUCUCGCCCGAGUUAUAGAGAUGCGCCGCCACCACCUAGACCUGCGAAGGAGGCGAUAUAUGGCGACGGGAUGUACGAUCGACCGGCACGGCCAGCCAAGGAACCAAUCCCUGACCGAAGAGACUCAUCCCUCACCACCGCGCCCCCUCCUAUACCCACCAAACAAACCAUCGUCUCCACGCCCCCAGCUCCAACCUCAACCGCUCCCCCCUCAUCCCGAUACACCUUCCAAUCCUCCGCGCGCACCGAAUCCGGCGCCCCGCUCCGCACAAUCUUCCUGCCCUCCGGCCUCCGGCGCACCUUCCUCAGCGUCGCGCAGGCCAACACGUCCCGCAACCUCGAGACGUGCGGCAUCCUCUGCGGCACGCUGCUCUCCAACGCGCUCUUCAUCACGCACCUGAUGAUCCCGGAGCAGACGUCGACGUCGGACACGUGCGACACGACGGAGGCGGGGGACGCGGCGCUGUUCGAGCGGUGCGACCGCGGGCAGCUGAUCGUCUGCGGCUGGAUCCACACGCACCCGAGCCAGACGUGCUUCCUGUCCUCGCGCGACCUGCACACCUGCUCGGGCUACCAGGUCAUGCUGCCGGAGGCCAUCGCCAUCGUCUGCGCCCCGCGCCACGACCCGGACUGGGGCAUCUUCCGCCUCACCGACCCCCCCGGCCUGCGCCACGUGCUGGACUGCCGCCAGACGGGCCUCUUCCACCCGCACGACGAGCCGGACCUGUACACCGACGCGCUGCGGCCCGGGCAUGUGGUCGAGGGGGACGGGCUGGAGUUCGAGGUGGUCGACAUGCGGCCUUGAAGGGGGGGGGGGAGAAGACCUUCGUGGACACUUCCGGGCCGAGGAGGAAGGGUGGAGAAAUC